AUGAUACGUGUGGGGCCUAAACUUGUUUUGAAAAGGUUCCACAGCUUGGUCAAGCCACGCCAAGUUGUCCGCAUUCCUCUGAAUAUACGCGCUCCUCUCCAGUCGAUCCAAGCAUGUCAAAACAAGGAACAAGCUUCUCUCGAGGAGACUCCCGGGGAAGCUAAAGGCCGCAAGAAAGCGAAAAAGAAAGCGAAAACGAAAACAGUCCAGGAUGACGAAAUCGACCAGUUUGGAGACCGUGGUGCCAAACCUGACGUCGAACUCACGUAUUUCUAUCAGACCUUGAAAGAUAUUGUCGACCAAUAUCCUGAAGAUCAGUACGUCGUCUUGAUCCAGGUUGGAUCGUUCUACGAGCUUUAUUUUCAGCAGGCUGAGAAACAUGCGUCUAUGUUGGGCCUAACGUUGAGCAAGAGAGUUCUCAAAAAUUACGAGAUAUCCUUUGCUGGCUUUCCUGACUAUAAACUUGAAAAAUACCUCCAGAUCGCUUUCGGCCAAGGCCUUAAAGCUGUUGUUUGUGAUCAGCAAACCACUGCGCAGAAUGUGAUUGUGAGACCAGUGACUAGGCUCGUCACCCCAGGAACUAUCAUUGACGAGGCAUUGAGAGAUUAUCAUCGCACGAACUAUUUACUUGCUAUCCAAUUUCCUGCAGACCCGUUUAAGAAAGAUGCGCUAGGUCAAAAGAUAGGUUUAUGUUGGGUAGAUGUUGGCCUAAGUCAAUUCCAUGUGCUUGAGACUAACAUGAAUGAGCUUAUGGCCAACAUAACUAGGAUCAAUCCAAGUGAAAUUCUAAUAGCCAAUGAUCUGGAUAUCGAUUCUCUGAUCACAGGAAAAUGGUUUCCCGAAUUGGGAGAACUAAAGAAGUACUAUAUAAGCAGGUACUCGCUGCCGUCAGUCAGUACAUCACUUCUCGAUUUUGCGAACCGCUUCUCCGAAAAUAAGCGGCUUGUCCAAAGCCGUCUGGAAAAGCUUUCGCAAAAAGAAGCUGGAGCUGCAAAAAUUUUGCUGCACUACUUGAACGAGUGUCUGCCGUUCUACAAACUGAGCUUUGACUUGCCCAAACGGUCGUUGCCGAAUACUCUUAUGCAUAUUGAUCCGCGCGCAGCACAAGAUCUGGAGCUCACGGAGACCAUCGUGGGUGGCUUCCGAACUGGAGCUCUUGCAUCCAUAAUUGAUAAGACGUGUACGGUACAGGGCUCCCGACUGCUUAAUACGUGGCUUCUCUCUCCGUCCACCGAUGUUGAGGAGAUAAAGAAACGCCAAAAGUAUAUUGAGGUUUUUCUAGACAACCGCAUGUUCGUUCAGGAGUUGAUCCAGCUGUUACGCAAAACCACUGAUUUAGGGCGAAUUGUGCGCCGUGCAGAUAACAAAAGGGCAGAUAUGGGCGAGUACUUGGAGUUGGGGCAUACCAUCAUGAUAAUCGAUGAAAUUUACAAGAUGGUGAAGGAUUGUCCGGAUAAAAAACUAGUCAAUCUUGUCUUGCCUUUAUUCGAAAAAUUCAAGGAAUAUUCAGCUCUCAUGAGCUUGUCUCAAUCUAUCAUCAACACAAUCAAUCCUCAAACUCUUCGGGUGAAGAUUGACACGAACAGAAACGACUCGGAAGUGCUCCGUAAGUACUGGUUUUUGAAGCCAACUGCUUCUUCAAGACUUGCAGAACUCAGAGACAAAUAUGAUCAACUUGAGCUUCGUUUUCAGGCCCUUACACAACAACUGACAGCAAAAUUUGAGAAAUAUGGUUAUCAAGGAGGUUUUAACUUGAUUCGUGACCCUCGGACCGGUGAUUUCAUUAUUGAUGUUCGGUCGUCUAGAAAGUCUUUUAAGAGCCUUGUCGACAAUAUGGACCUUCAGCUUCGUGAACGAACAAAGUCAAGUGCCAAAUUCUGGACAAUAGAAUGGCAAACUUUAGGUAUAGAGAUGCUCUUUGUUGAGCAAGAGAUUUUGAGAGAAGAAGAGAGAAUUAUAUCUCUGAUUCAAGAGACUCUACUCUCACUUUCUACAGAAUUACGCCAGGUUGCUCCCAUCAUUGAAUUUCUAGACGUGUGCUCAUCAUUUUAUCUGCUAGCUUGGGAAAAAAGUCUUGUCAAGCCGACUGUGGACCGGAGUACCAAAUUCGAGAUAGAAAAUGGCCGACAUUUGGUGGUGGAAGAAGGUUUGCGUGGACGGGUGACUGGAGUCGAAAAUUUUACAGCCAAUAGUUGCACUCUGGAUUCCGGCCGUGGAUGGGUAAUCACGGGCCCAAAUAUGGGUGGUAAAAGCACCUUCUUACGACAAAAUGCAUUGAUUGCAAUUUUGGCGCAGAUAGGCUCGUAUGUUCCUGCGACAAAAGCACAUAUCGGGAUCAUAGAUAAGGUUUUCACUAGAGUUGGAGCUUCUGACAACAUUUUCAGACAUCAGUCAUCGUUCAUGGUUGAGAUGAACGAAACUGCUAUCAUUCUGAGGGAUUCUACGGAAAGAUCGUUGGCUAUAGUUGAUGAGCUUGGCCGAGGAACAUCAGCAGUCGAAGGUAUAACUAUCGCAUAUGCAUCUUUGGCUCAUCUAGUAAAGAAUAAGAAUUGCAAGGUGCUCUUUGCAACACAUUUCGGUCCCGAGAUCCACAAGCUAAUGCAAGAUGAUAAGGAGCUAGAGCGGCGUACGGAUUUCUAUCAGACUACUCUGACCAGAAUACAUGACGGCGAUCUGCCGAUCGAUGAAAAGCUCAUUUUUGACCAUAAACUUAUUCCCGGAAUCAGUUCCCAUUCGCAUGCUUUCGAAAUCGCACAACUGGCUGGCUUUCCCUCCGAUGCAUUAGAGCUGGCCAGAAAUACAUACGUCAAAGCGACUUCAGGUUUAUACAAAACUUAA